UCUCUUCCCGCGGUUUUUUCCCAUCGAGCGAAAGAGGAAGAGCCUCCCUUUUCCGAUCUUUCCAUUCACAGGUAUUCUCUCCUAUUUCAAAUUCUCAACUUCGGUUACAUUGUAAAAUCUAGAUUUCCCUUUCUUCCCCUUUCUCACCACUCACAGAAAAUCUCAGCGAGGAAGAAGCAGAAGAAGAGGGUUUUUUCAAGGGUCAUUUGCUAAGAUGACGAAAGAAGAAAAUGGGGAUGGAAGAGAUGACAUGCUAAUUGAUGCAUGUGUACCUGAACACAGGCAAGGGAACACCAUUCCCGAUGGGUUUAAUGCUGAGUAUCUCAAAGUUUACUACGGAAAGCUCUUUCCACAUGCUGAGAUCUUUAAAUGGAUGAUGUAUGGAAAUGAUGGAAAGCAUCCAGCAUGUGACCCGUCCUACUUUGGCCGGAGAGAAUUUUCCUUCACACUGGAUAAUGACAUUUAUCUGCGCUUCCAAUCGUUCAACAACGCGGCUGAACUGGAAAGUUCUAUCAAAGAAAAGUGCCCAUUUAAGAUUGAUAUUGGACCUGUAUACAGUGUAGAUCCUGCUAAACGGCAUGCAUAUGCACAAGGUGGUAAUAAUGUUUUCAUGCCAGUAGAGAGGGAGCUCGUUUUUGAUAUUGAUAUGUCCGAUUAUGAUGAUGUUCGGUACUGCUGCUCAGGAGCAGAUGUCUGCUUAGAAUGCUGGCCAUUGAUGACCAUCGCCAUUAAAGUGAUGGAUAUUGCUCUCAGAGAUGAUUUUGGUUUUAAUCACAUACUCUGGGUAUAUAGUGGCAGACGCGGUGUUCAUUGUUGGGUUUGUGAUGGGAGAGCGAGGAGGUUGACUAAUGAACAGAGGGCAGCGAUUGCAGACUACUUCAGGGUAUACAAGGGAAAUGAAAAUAGUAGUAAGAAAGUGUCUUUGACGGGUCUAGCUCUGCAUCCUUUACUGGCGAGAUCAUAUACAGAUGUCUUGAAGGUAUUUUUUGAAGAGAAACUGCUUGGUGGGCAGAAAUUAUUUGCAUCCGAAGAGAAAUAUCAAAAGAUCCUUGACAUGAUUCCUGAUGAAACUAUUGGUACAGAGCUACAGGCAAGGUGGCAGGAAAACCGACGGUCCAUCUCAAAAGAAGACCUUAAUGUUGUCCGAUGGGAGCAAUUAAAACACGUGUUGCAGUCUGGGAAGCAAAAGGCACAGGGGCUUCGUCGGUGUGUUGAAGAGAUUGUUUUCUCGUAUACAUAUCCAAGACUGGAUAUGGAGGUGUCCAAACACAUGAAUCAUUUGCUAAAGGCACCUUUCUGUGUACACCCAAAAACAGGCCGUGUAUGCGUUCCCAUUGACCCCAACGAGUGUGAUGAGUUUGAUCCUACAGCGGUACCGACCCUCUCUGAGCUUUUAGAAGAACUUAACAGGGGAGGGCUAAGGUCAGAUGUUGAUAAUGACUGCGAUAGAACUUCACUUGGCAAAUCAGUCAGGUUCUUCAGAACUUCUUUCUUGCAGCCACUAUUAAAAUCUUGCAAGGAGGAAAUGGAAAGCUCGUAUAAUGCAAAGCUUCAACAGUCGAAGAACUCCUUAAGCUGGUGAUUUUUCAAGUAUGUUUCAACGCGAAGCCCCUUUUGAAAAUUUUAUGUUUGUCACUAAUCUAAAGGACAGGCUUAUGCAUUGUAUAUUAACUAGUCAAUAUUAUGUGGUUUUGCAUCACAAAUAUAUAUAUUUUUUACUUAAUUUCAAACAAUUCGAACUAUGGUAUAAUAUUCAUCAUCUAAUUGUGAUGCUAAGUUGCA